AUGAUCGAGAAUGAUGAGAGUAAAGUGGUGAAAUUACAAGGUUUGCGUACCACUUGCGAUCGACGAAUGCGCGAUGAGCAACUGUACGUCAGCUGA